GUUGAACUAACAAACAACGUUGGAGACUCCGUCCCAACACAAAAACAACAUAAACCCUUGUUACUUCCGCUGGUGUUUGGAAACCCCCUAAUAUUCAAGUUACACCCCCCACACCACACCCAAACUGCAUUUACACUACACAUUACUACAACACACAGUUCAUAUCAUAACCAAACCUCACUGAACCUUCAACAAUGGCAGCCUCUACUUUCUCCAACACUAUCUCUCCCCAUUCUCAUGCCCCCAAAAUUUCAUCUCUCAGAUUUCCCACCUCCAGAUCUCUUCACCUACCUACUCAGUUCAAGAACACACAUACAACAAAACGAUUUGCAAUCUCUUGUUCUUCAGAAGCCACUAAUGAUCCAAAAGAAAACACCCCAAUUGAAUUAAGGUUUCCAGCAUUUCCAACCGUAUUGGAUAUUAAUCAGAUUCGUGAUAUUCUUCCCCACAGGUUUCCAUUUCUUCUAGUGGAUAGAGUGAUUGAAUACAAUCCUGGAGUUUCUGCAGUGGCUAUAAAGAAUGUAACAAUUAAUGAUAAUUUCUUUCCUGGACAUUUUCCAGAAAGACCUAUCAUGCCAGGUGUUCUCAUGGUUGAGGCAUUGGCACAGGUAGGUGGCUUGGUUAUGUUACAACCUGAAGUGGGAGGUUCUCGUGAAAAUUUCUUUUUUGCCGGGAUAGACAAAGUGCGUUUUAGGAAGCCAGUGAUUGCUGGAGACACCUUAGUUAUGAGAAUGACGCUUAUCAAACUGCAAAAACGAUUUGGAAUAGCAAAGAUGGAAGGGAAGGCAUAUGUUGGAGGUGAAGUUGUCUGUGAGGGUGAGUUUUUGAUGGCCACCGGAACUGCGAGCGAAUAAUUAGAGCAAUCAUUCCACCAAAAUGAGAGUUUAAUUUGUUGCAUUUAUUUUUUGCUUAUAGCAUCAUUGUAGUUGUUUAACUCUAGAUAUUUUUGGGUAAUGGUAUUGACUAGAACAUCCAAAACUUUUGAUUAUGUUAAGAAGAUAACUAUGUGCAUGUGUGGAUUAAAGUUUACAAACUUAAGUUUGAAUAAAUUUCAUUUUGCAAAAGCAA